UGGCGCGAACUUUAACCGGAAGUGUGCGUUUCCUGUUUGUAGUGUCUGUGUUGUGCAGUCGAAAUCGAGCUUUACAGUGUUGUUAUUUGUAGCUGUAAUGUAGAAUGUUAACAUUCUGCGUAGUUCAACAGAGUACCAACGUUUUCUGGUCAGCUGCUGAAUAUUUAUUGUAAACUAAGCAAGUCAGCUUAAGAGCAAUUAUGUCGGAUGCGUUGUCUGAUGAUCAUGAUGCCAGCGACAUGAGCGGAGGAGAUGACGGCCAAGAAGAUGUGAUGACUCCAUCGGAACUGAUUGGGAAACUGGAAGAGGCCUGGCUGAAUGAGAAGUUCUCUCCUGAGCUUCUAGAGAACAAGUCAGAGAUGGUGGAGUGUGUGAUGGAGCAGCUGACUCACAUGGAGGCCAAUCUGCAGCGGGUUAGGAAGGGUGAUAUGAAGGCCAGUGUCCACCGCAUGGAGAUUGACAGGAUCCGCUAUGUCCUCAGCAGUUACCUCCGCUCUCGCCUCCAAAAGAUUGAGAAGUUUUUCCCUCAUGUCUUGGAGAAAGAGAAGUCUCGAGCGGAGGGAGAUCCUUCAUUCCUGUCUCCAGAGGAGUUUGCCUUUGCCAAAGAAUAUCUGGCCAACACAGAGACCUAUCUGAAGGCUGUAGCUCUGAAACACAUGCCCCCAAAUCUACAGACGGUGGAUAUGCCAAAAGCAGUGCCAGAGCCCUGUCUGGACUCCUUUGUGUUCCUGCGUGUGAGGGAGAAACAGGAAAACAUCUUGGUGGAACCUGAGACAGACGACCAGAGAGAGUAUGUUGUGGAUCUUGACGAGGGUUCUCAGCAUCUGAUGCGGUAUCGCACUAUAGCACCUCUGGUUUCAAGUGGAGCAGUACAGCUCAUUUAAUUGUCAAGGUGCCUCUGUCCUUGGUUCAGAUGCAGUUGUUAGUUUCCAGUUGUGAUGGCGGAUGACCAGAGGAACACUGACUCCCUUCAUUGAACAUUGACUACAUUGAUUGAAGUACAUUGAGGAGGGCGAUAUGGACAUUAUUUGUGGACUACCAACUCUUCAAGAGCCGGGCAUGAACUGGAAUGUCUGCAAAUAUGUCACUGACUUGUCAAACUGUGUUACGUACCUGAGGACACUCCUUUCUCUCACAUGAAGCCUGCUUAUAGUUAUAAUGAUGAUUGUUGGAUACAUAGGAGGCUAUAAGUGAGAGAGACUUGAGGAUGACAGGAAUACAUGAAUGGCACAUCAUGGUGUCUACAUGUACAUUAUAAGGUUGAGAGGUACAAACAAAUAUAGUGAAUGUAUUGAUUUCAACAGUGUGUUUGUUGCUUCUACAAUAAAUGUGAUUUGAAUGGUGUAUAGAAUGUCUCGGUGGUCAUAUACAGUGUACACAUAUCAUUGCCAUUUGCCAAAGGAAAAGAGAAUGCUCUUGCUUUCCAACCACAGUGCAAGCAUGAAUUUGUAUUUGGCAUGCUGCCUCGGUCAUAUGAUGU